AUGGUCCUGUCUAGUGAUCGUUCACCCGUCCUACAUUCGAGGAUAUCUAUCCAACAAUCUGAGAUAGCGAAGCUGGCUGUCCUACAGAGCCUCCGUCGAUUGAAUCUGCAAAUUGUUACGCGGAUGAUGUGGUCACGGGGCGCAGGUUUCAUGACUGCAUUAAUAUGCGAACCUAGUCGUCAUGUAUCUGGCAUAAUUGCUGGAGAUCCUAAACCCUAUGAAGAACGCAAAAAGAUAUUACCUGCCAGUCCCAUUGGUCUCUGUUUCGAUAUGAAAGAUGGGAAUCUGAAUUCAGUCGAAGUGUGA